AAAAUAAUCGUUUAUCCCAGCCCUAACGCUAAGGCAGGGGUGUUCCGCUUGGCCAUGUACCUGGCCCACCAGUGGCUGCUGGAUGAGAACCUCGACGUGAUCGUGGUGCUGAUGUUGGAGCCUGUCCUGCAGAACUCCCACUUCCUGCGUCUGAGGAGGAGGCUGUGCGGGGAGAGUGUUUUGGAGUGGCCCAGGACUGCGGCCGCUGAGCCCUGGUUUUGGCAGAACCUCAGGAAUGUAGUCAGGGUGGACAACCAGACGAUGUACACCAGCACUUACUCUAAGUACUUCACCUGCAGCCGGGAGAGAGACUGAAGCUGCAGCUUGGACGCUUUCCUCUUUUUCUGAAUUACUUUUAUGUUAAGUGACUUAAA